AUGGACAACAUGAAAAACCGCCUCCGGCCACUAGGUGACGCCAGCCAUAAAUGUCGAGCCUGUGAGUGCCCCGUCUACUGGAAAGUGCCAUUGUUCAACUCCGCUGGAGGCGACAGGACGGGCUUCGUGUCCGUUCACAAAUUCGUGGCUAUGUGGAGAAAAAUUCUGCAGACCUGUCACAAUGACGCGUCUAAAUUCGUGCACCUCUUGGCCAAGCCUGGCUGCAAUUACCUGGAACAAGACGACUUUAUUCCAUUCCUGCAGGAUGUGGUGAACACUCAUGCAGGCCUGGCUUUUCUGAAGGACGCAACGGACUUUCACUCACGAUACAUUACCACGGUGGUUCAGAGGAUAUUUUACAAUGUGAACCGGUCAUGGAAUGGAAAAAUAACAGGUCAUGAGCUCAGGAAAAGUAACUUUCUUCAGAGUAUGAGGUUGGCCUGUGCAGUGAUGUUCAAUGUGUUGCCUGUCGCCUCCUGGGAGCUGCUGCUCCUCCGGUGUGAGGAGGAUUAA